AUGACUGAGAGGGCUCUUGCAAUCGACUAUUACAAGAUCGAUUCUACACAGAUCCGCAUACUCAUCCUCCAGCUUGGGGUAGAUGACGAUGAGGUCGUAUGCACCCUCGUUCCUGUCUACCGUGAUGAAGCAGAAUACCAUGCCCUGUCAUAUGAAUGGGGAGCGGAAAGCAAAGAUGACCCCGACAUUACAGUCCAUGAUCGCAAGGUUCAGAUUCGCAGGAAUCUCUUUGAUGCGCUUAGAAGCAUAAGAAAGCCAAUGGAAGAUCAGAUACUCAGGGUCGAUGCGAUAUGCAUCAAUCAGUCGGAUGUUGACGAGAAAAGCGAGCAAGUCGCCAUGAUGGGUAAUACCUUUAGUGGCGCAAUCGGUGUGAUCGCAUGGCUCGGUCCAGCAAACGAUGAUAGCGACCUUGCAAUGGACUUGCUAUCUAAUGCUAAGUCUCUACGAGCAAGCCUACCGUUUUUUCGAAAAGAAAAAUAUAUCGCGUUGUCAUUGAUCAUCAAUUGGGUUCGCGGCCAAAGGCUUAAGCUUACAGGCGGCAGUCAAUCCGACAUCAAACUCUCACGUGAGGCGAAGGCCCUGUCUUCGCUCUGUCAUCGAAGCUACUGGCGGCGAAUCUGGAUCGUCCAGGAGUUAUACCUUGCACAGAGCUUCGUCGUAUGGUGUGGCGCCAAAUCCAUCACCGGUGACAACUUUGACGAUUCGAUGGGAGCUUUGUUUGACUGGAAGAGCCCGUUUAAUGGGGACAAGGACUUUGCGAAGAAUCCUGCGUACCAGCAGAGGCUAGCCCGUUUUUUGCGACCCAGUGAUUCCAGUCCUGGACUCAACGACUUGCGGCGGUGGCUGUGGAUAUGCCUCGGCAGCGACUUUCAGUGCUCGAGAGAACAGGAUUUUGUUCAUGCGCUUUUAGAUAUUUCGUUUGACUAUGAGGCAGUGAAAGAUUCUUUCAAGGUCGAUUACUCUAAGCCACUGCGUGUGAUAUUUCUGGAGCUUCUUUGGCAGAGGAAUCUUUCUACGUGGCAGAAUAGACCUGGAGAUGAAAAGCGAUGGCUGAACCUUGCGAAAAAGAUGAACCUGAGUAUAGAUGAAGAUCUCAAAGGGGAAAUAUCUGCACGAUUUUCUAGGCAUGAGUCUUGA